ACAGUCGGAGAAACCCGUGGGCUGGGAAGUGGGUGCCCUGUGUGCUGCGCGGGGAGCGGAGAUGGGGGGACCAGGCGCGCCCUUUUCAGACUGCUGAACUCCAGAGUCCGGGGGAAAAAAUCAGGGAAGAAGUGGAAAGACACACCCCGCAGUGCCCGCGAAUUUCCCCAGGAACCGACGGUCGCCCAGGCAGACGCUGCCGAGAUGCGGGGUCCACGGCUCCUGACCGCCGCCCACCUGGUCUGCGUGUGGACCGCCGUGCUUGCCGCAGCCCCCGGGCCCAGGUUUCUGGUGACAGCCCCAGGGAUCAUCAGGCCUGGAGGAAAUGUGACUAUUGGGGUGCAGCUCCUGGAACACAGCCCCUCACAGGUCACCGUGAAGGCAGAGCUGGUCAAGGUGGCCGCAAACCUCACCACCUCUGUCCUGGAAGCAGAAGGAGUCUUUGAAAAAGGCUCUUUCAAGACACUUAUUCUUCCAUCAUUACCUCUGAACAGUGCAAAUGAGAUUUAUGAGCUACGUGUAACUGGACGUGCACAGGACGAAAUUUUAUUCUCUAAUAGUACAACCUUAUCAUUUGAAACCAAGAGUCUAACUGUCUUCAUUCAAACAGACAAACCCCUGUACAAGCCAAAGGAAGAAGUGAAGUUUCGUAUCGUUACACUCUUCUCAGAUUUUAAACCUUACAAAACCUCUUUAAACAUUCUAAUUAAGGACCCCAGGUCAAAUUUGAUUCAACAGUGGUUGUCAGAAAAAAGUGAUCUUGGAGUUGUUUCCAAAACUUUUCAGUUAUCUUCCCAUCCAAUACUUGGUGACUGGUCCAUUCAAGUUCAAGUGAACGACCAGACACAUUAUCAAUUAUUUCAGGUUUCAGAAUAUGUAUUACCAAAAUUUGAAGUUGCUUUGCAGACACCAUUAUAUUGUUCUUUGAAUUCUAAGAGUUUAAAUGGUACUGUCACAGCAAAGUAUACAUAUGGGAAACCAGUGAGAGGAGACGUAACACUUACAUUUUUACCUUUAUCUUUUUGGGGCAUGAAGAAAAAUAUUACAAAAAAAUUUAAGAUAAAUGGAUCUGCAAACUUCUCUUUUAAUGAUGAAGAGAUGAAAAAGGUAAUGGAUUUUUCGGAACGGCUUUCUGACCACAUGUCUCCAUCUUCCCCUGGGCCGGUAGAAAUUUUAGCCACAGUGACAGAAUCACUUACAGGCAUCUCAAGAAAUGCAAGUGCCAAUGUAUUUUUCAAACAAUUUGAUUACAUCAUUGACUUUUUUGAUUAUGCUACUGUCUUGAAGCCAUCUCUCAACUUCACAGCCUCGGUGAAGGUAACUCGUUCUGAUGGCAAGCAACUGACUCUUGAAGAAAGAAUAAAUAAUGUAGUCAUAAUGGUGACACAGAGAAACUCUACCGAGUAUGAGAGCAGAUGGAACAGUAGAAACCAGGAAGUAGAAGCUGUCCAGAUCAUAAAUUAUACUGUUCCCCAAAAUGGAAUCUUUAAGACUGAAUUCCCAAUCUUGGACAGUGCCACUCAGCUACAAUUGAAGGCCUUUUUUCUUAAUAGUGUGGGCAGCAUGACGGUUCAUGGUGUUUUUAAUUCUCCUAGUAAAACAUACAUCCAGCUAAAAACAAGAAAUGAAAAUAUAAAGGUGGGAUCACCUUUUGAGUUGGUGGUUAGAGGCAACAAGCAAUUGAAGGAGUUAAGCUACAUGGUAGUAUCCAGGGGACAGUUGGUGGCUGUAGGCAAAAAAAAUGCAACAACCUUCUCUUUAACACCAGAAAAUUCUUGGGCUCCAACAGCUUGUAUAAUUGUGUAUUAUGUUGAAGAUGAUGGAGAAAUUAUAAACGAUGUUCUAAAAAUUCCUGUUGAGCUUGUUUUUAAAAAUAAGGUAAACCUCUUUUGGGGUAGAGCUAGUGCUGAACCAGCUGAGAAAGUCUCUCUUAGGGUCUCUGUGACACAGCCGCACUCCGUAGUCGGGAUUGUAGCUGUUGACAAAAGCGUGACCCUGAUGAACGCCUCCAAUGACAUUACGAUGGAAAAUGUGGUCCAUGAGUUGGAACUUUAUAACACAGGAUAUUACUUAGGCAUGUUCAUGAAUUCUUUUGCAGUCUUUCAGGAAUGUGGCCUCUGGGUCCUGACAGAUGCAAGCCUUAUGGAGGACUACGUUGAUGGUGUUUAUGAAAGUGUAGCGUUUGCUGAGGACUACUUGGAGGAAAGUGACAGACACUUGGUAAAUUCGUAUGACUUUUCUUCAGUUGACAAUCCACGUGUCAGAAAAAAUUUUCCAGAGACUUGGAUUUGGCUAGACACCAACAUGGGUUCCAAGAUCUAUGAAGAAUUUGAAGUUACUGUACCCGAUUCUAUCACUUCUUGGGUAGCUACUGCUUUUGUGAUCUCUGAGGAUUUAGGUCUUGGACUAACAACUGCUCCAGUGGAGCUACAAGCCUUUCAGCCAUUUUUCAUUUUUUUGAACCUUCCCUACUCUGUGAUCAGAGGUGAAGAAUUUGCUUUGGAAGUAACCAUAUUCAAUUAUUUGAGAGAUGCCACUAAGGUCAAGGUGAUCAUUGAGAAAAGUGAUAAAUUUGAUAUUCUAAUGGCUUCAAAUGAAAUAAAUGCCACAGGGCAUCAGCAGACUGUUCUUGUUCCCAGUGAGGAUGGUGCAACUGUUGUUUUCCCAGUCAGACCAACGCAUCUGGGGGAAAUUCCUAUCACAGUCACAGCUGUUUCACCGGCUGCCUCUGAUGCUGUCACCCAAAGGAUUUUAGUCAAGGCUGAAGGAAUAGAAAAAUUAUAUUCACAAUCCAUCUUAUUGGACUUGACUGACAACAAGCUACAGACUAUGCGGAAAACUUUGAGUUUCUCCUUUCCUCCCAAUACAGUGAGUGGCAGUGAAAGAGUUCAGAUCACUGCAAUUGGAGAUAUUCUUGGUUCUUCCAUCAAUGGCUUAUCCUCAUUGAUUCGGAUGCCUUAUGGCUGUGGUGAACAGAACAUGAUAAAUUUUGCUCCAAAUAUUUAUGUUUUGGAUUACCUGACUAAAAAGAAACAACUGACAGAGAAUUUAAAGGAAAAAGCCCUUUCAUUUAUGAGACAAGGUUACCAGAGAGAACUUCUCUAUCAACGGGAAGAUGGCUCUUUCAGUGCUUUUGGGAAUGAUGACCCAUCUGGGAGCACUUGGUUGUCAGCCUUUGUUUUAAGAUGUUUCAUUGAAGCUGAUCCUUACAUAGAUAUUGAUCAGAAUGUGUUACACAGAACAUACACAUGGCUCAAAAACCAUCAAAAAUCCAAUGGUGAAUUUUGGGAGCCAGGAAGAGUGAUCCAUACUGAACUUCAAGGUGGCAAUAAAAGUCCUGUAACACUUACAGCUUAUAUUGUAACUUCUCUUCUGAGAUAUAAAAAGUAUCAGCCUUAUCUUGAGAUGCAAGAGUCUGUCAACUUUUUGGAAUCUGAAUUCAGUAGAGGAAUCUCAGACAAUUACACCCUCGCUCUUGUAACCUAUGCGCUGUCAUUCGUGGGGAGCCCCAAAGCCAAAGAAGCUCUGAACAUGCUGACUGAGCGAGCAGAACAAGAAGGAGGCAUGCAAUUCUGGGUAUCGUCAGUAUCCAGACUUUCUGAAUCCUGGCAGCCAAGUUCCCUGGAUAUCGAAGUUGCAGCCUAUGCAUUGCUCUCUCAUUUCCUGCAGCAGCAGUUUGCUGAGGGCAUCCGGAUUAUGAGGUGGCUAAGCAGGCAAAGAAACAGCUUGGGAGGUUUUGUAUCUACCCAGGACACUGUUGUGGCCUUGAAGGCCCUGUCUGAAUUUGCAGCCCUAAUGAACACAGAGAGGACAAAUAUCCAAAUAACUGUGACAGGGUCCGGUUCACCAAGUCCUGUAAAGUUUCUGAUCGACACACAGAACCGCUUUGUCCUCCAGACGGCAGAGCUUGCUGCAGCAGAGCCAACUGAAGUUAAUAUUUCUGCAAGUGGUUUCGGAUUUGCUAUUUGUCAGCUAAAUGUUAUUUAUAAUGUGAAAAAUUCAGAGUCUUCUAGGAGACGAAGAUCUAUCCAAAAUCAAGAGGCCUUUGAUUUAGAUGUUGCUGUAAAAGAUAAUAAAGAUGAUAUCAAUCACUUGAGUUUGAAUGUGUGUACAAGGUUUUUGGGCCCAGAGAGAAGCGGCAUGGCCCUCAUGGAAGUUAACCUCCUCAGCGGCUUUACUGUGCCCUCGGAUGCAAUUCCCCUGGGUACGACGGUGAAGAAAGUGGAGCAUGACCGUGGGAAACUCAGCCUGUACUUAGAUUCUGUAAAUGAAACCCAGUUUUGUGUUGAUAUUCCUGCUGUGAGAAACUUUAAAGUUUUGAAUACACAAGAUGCUUCUGUGUCCAUAGUGGAUUACUAUGAACCAAGGAGACAAGCAGUGAGAAGUUACAACUCUGAAGCUCAGCUGUCCUCUUGUGACCUCUGUGGAGACUCCCAUGGCUGCAGUCGUUGCGAGAAUAGAGCGUCCGGCUCCCUUCGUCACUCUUCAGUCAUUUUUGUUUUCUGUUUCAUGCUUCUGUUCUCUUUGCAACAUUGGCUGUGA